AUGAAUGUGAGUGUUACUAUAAAAGGGAAUUUGUCUAAUUCCAGUACCGAAAAGAAUAAGAAUUCUUCAAAAAAAAACGACGCAUCUGUUUUUUUUAAAUUUAAGAAAGAGAAUUUGGAUAAAAAAAUUAUAAAAAAUAAUAUCGUGCGAAAAGAAAAGAACAGUUUAAAUAAAAAAGGCACAAGUAACAAUACAACAAAUUCUUUUUCAAAAGGAAAUAACAUAAAGCUAUCUGGAGAUACUCAUGCACGAAACGUUAUAAAUGAGAAGAAAAUUUUAUCCGAAAAGAAAAAUGGCUUUACAACCAAAUAUGAUUCUAAGAAAUCAUAUUCAAGUAAAAAAUCUAGCCUUUUAAACAAAUUGCCAUCUAGCGAAAUUACAUUAAAUAAUAGUAACUUGAAAUUUUUUGAAAAAAAAAAAAGUAAGGACAAACAAAAUGUAAUUAAUAAUAUAAAUGGUAGUAAGUUGAUAAAUAAUGUAGAUAAAUUAUAUACAAAUAAUGAUAAUAUUAAUAAUAAUAUAAAUGAGAAAAAGAGUUCCAACAUAUUUACAAAAAAUAUUCAGAAAAAAAACAAAACAAAUUCUUCAAACAAUUUAAAUACAUCUAACGUAAAUAAAAAAACUUAUAAGUUAGGAAAUGUAUUAGCACAACCUGAAAAAUUCAUAAGAAAGAAAAAAAAUAAAAUUAUCAAAAAUUUAAAUUCAUUAAAAAGAAAUAUAGACAUUAUGAUGAAAAGUGAACAAGAUCAAAAUAUAUUGGAGGAACAUAUGUCAUCUGUAUCAUCAUCAAAUGAAAAACAAAAAAAUAAAAAUAAUAAUAUAGAACAAAAUGAAAAUAUGACAAAAUUAGAAAAAAAUGGAGAUGAUAAUAUUUAUAUGAAAGACAAUAAAAAAAAUGAUGAACAAAAAGGAGAUAAUAAUACCAAAGAGCAAAUACAUAUAAAUGAUGAUGAUGAAAAGAAAACAUUCCAUGACAAAAAAGAUGAUAUGGAAAAUAAUACACAAGAAACAAAAACAAAUAUAUUUCAAGAUAAUGCUGUUGAUACAAUAAAUGGGCAUAUUUGUAAGGAUGAAAAAAUGUUAUUUCCAUAUUUUAUAGAAGCAACUUAUGAUAAAAAUACAGAUAUUUUUAAUGAAAAAUAUGAUGAUGAUGAUAAUAAUAAAGAGACAAAUAAUUUAUUAUUACCUGGUUAUCAUAAUGUCACAUUUGAAAAUGUUAGUGAAAAUAACAAAAUGUAUAAUAUUAAUAAUAAUAAUAAAAAUAAUAAUAAUCCAAUAUCAAAUAAUAUAUAUGCAACUAAUAGUUCAUUCCCACCUUAUAAAUUUAUAUCUUAUUUAAGACCAAAGUUAACACCAAAAGCUUAUCAUUUAAAAAACAAUGAAAUCUUAAAUAAUUUUUUGUUUACAUCUUCUGAUAUAACACGUGGUACUAUAUAUCAACAAUAUAAUAUGACAGUUACUUAUCCAUAUGGAGUUCCUUAUAUUAAUAUGAAAAACAAAAUCACCAAAAAGUAA